AUGCGGAUGUAUUGGUCCUCUCAAGAUGGACUAAGAAUGGAUUUAAUAGCAGAUGUCAUGUCAUAUAAUAGAUUUACUGAAAUAAAAAGGUACAUUCAUUUUGCAGACAACAGUAACCAGCCUAAUACUGUUAUCGAUAAAUAUUGGUGGAAAGUUCGGCCUGUCUUAGAUAUUUUGCAUCAGUCUUUUCAUGCAGCUACUUCAACAAAUAAGCAUAUUGCAAUUGAUGAAAUGAUGGUGCCAUUUAAAGGGAAAAGUUAUCUCAAACAGUACUUAAAAUCCAAACCUAAGAAAUGGGGUUUUAAAAUUUGGGUUCAAGCUAGUAUAAGGAGAUACUAUAAGGUACAUUGUUGA